CAACAAUACAGCCUGCUCGAAUGACUAGCUAGCGUAGCUAACGUUAGCUAACUGUAAUUCGGAGAGGGCAGCUUGCGGAAGUUACGUGGUAGCCUAGCAGAGUGGGAAUAAAACUAAUGGACAAAAUUAGCACGACAACUAGUGCGAACACGCCGACUUGCUGGUAAAGGUCUCCUCCUAACGACAAAAUGACACCAGGGGCACUAUAGCACAGUGAUUUUUGCCUGAUGACAUCCAAACCAAAGGCCAAGUUGGCCCCUCUGCCACGGACAGAGCUCCUCGUGUACUGGGUGCUGUCCUUUGGCUCUCAUCUGUACUCUUUCUACCAACUGCACAGGUUCUCCAAAGAGCACGAGGCUCCAUUAGUGAGAGAGUUCCAGUUGGAAAAGGGCCUCCUUAAGGGCUUUAAAAGGGACCCAUUAGACUUUGAAUGGAGUUUCUGGACCGACUGGGCCAAGAAGUCCUUACUGUGGACUCUGAUUGGUCAUGGCGUGGUAUCCAGAUUGACCAGCAUCUUUUACCCAAAGCUGCGGGUGCCGGCGCUCACGAUAUAUGGCCUCUUAGCCGCCUGCAGUGUGCUGGGGAUUAAAGGUGUGAGCCUGCUGCUGGUACAUCUGAGUCUGUCCUUUUCAGUGGCUCAGCUACGAAAGCCUGCUUUGUCAUGGGCAUUUAACCUGCUGCUGCUCUCCACGCUUCACAUCCAGCCACUUCAGGACAUCCAGAGAAGCUGGUAUAAGACUGAGGAGGAGUACUAUCUGCUGCUCUUCAGUGUUGCUGUCUGUGGCCUGCGCUUCAUCAGCUUCAGCCUGGAGCACUGCUGGAGCCCUUUGAGCCAUGGUGGUGGUGAUGUUGUGCAGCUCUCCUGGUUGUUUUCGUACACCUUCUACCACCCCUUUUUCUACAAUGGACCCAUUAUCACGUACAAAGACUACAUGGAGCAGAUGCGGAGGCCCGCUGAGGAGAGCGACAGGGACGAAUCUGCUCUCAGCUACGUGGUGCUCAGAUCUGGACGGAUCAUACUGUGGUGGUGCAUUGCAGAAUACAUGAUCCACGUUAUGUACAUGCACUGCAUCCAGACUAAUGAGACCUACAUAGAGAUACUUCCUCCGUGGGCCCUGGGAGGCCUGGCCUUGGCUCUAGUCCAGUUCUUCUAUGUGAAGUAUCUGGUGCUGUUUGGCCUGCCAUCCAUGCUCGCCACUCUGGAUAAACUGGUCCCCCCAGAGCUUCCUCGCUGUGUCAGCAUUAUGUACAGCUUCACAGGGAUGUGGAGGCACUUUGAUGAGGGACUGUAUCGAUGGCUCAUCAGAUACAUCUACGUGCCGCUGGGAGGUUCCCGACAUGGUCCUCUGUUCAAAAUGUUAUCCACCGGCCUGGCGUUUGGGUUCGUCUGCCUCUGGCACGGUGGCCACGACUACUUACAGUACUGGGCCAUGAUGAACUGGGCUGGAGUUCUGGUGGAGAACGGAGUGAAGGCUCUCUUUGCCUCAUCUUUUAUUCACUCCGUAGUUGAGCAGAAUUUCUCGGCGGUGAUGAAAAGGCGCUGCAUUGCCCUUCUCUCUGCCUUCUCCACCGCCAUGCUCAUCCUCUCUAAUCUCGUGUUCCUCGGGGGCAUACAUGUUGGCAGAAUCUUCUGGAAGCGCGUCUUCAUUCAAGGUAAAUUGCCUUCCACAGCACUCAACGGGAAUUAUGCGCGCCUUUAUUUUUUGCAGGAUUGUUUCCGCCGCUCCUGA